UAAUUAAAUGAGCAAAGCAGAUGAAGACUAUGAUUAUUUAUUUAAAAUAGUACUUUCAGGUAUAGAAUGAUAAAAUAGACAAUUUUAGGUGAUUCUGGAGUUGGAAAGUCUAAUCUAUUGCUUAGAUUUACUAAAAACUAAUUUAAUCCAGACUCUAAAACUACAAUAGGUGUUGAAUUUGCCACUAGAUCAAUAUCAAUUUCUGGUAAGAUUAUAAAAGCAUAGAUUUGGGAUACAGCAGGAUAAGUAAAAUACAAUAAAUCAUUGUUAGGAACGUUACCGAGCUAUUACUUCUGCUUAUUAUAGAGGAGCCAUUGGAGCUGUACUUGUAUAUGAUAUAACAAACAAACAAAGCUUUGAAGCAGUGGAACGAUGGCUAUAAGAAGUGAGAGAAAAUGCAGAUAAAGAUAUUGUAAUAAUGAUUAUUGGGAACAAAUCAGAUUUAAAACAUUUAAGAGCCAUUAGGAUGGAAUCAGGUUAAGAUUUGGCUCAAAUGUAUAAGGUAGCAUUUAUAGAAGCAAGUGCUUAAGAUGGUAGUAAUGUAGAUUAAGCAUUCACAUAAAUCAUUUAAUGUUUUAAAUUCUAUAUAAUUUAGAAAUUUACCAGAAUCUAACAAAACAAUUAUAAAAAUAUGAUCAAAUGUCUCAUUUAUAAGGUGAAAAACUAGAUUUAGAAACUACUAGCACUGGUAAUAAAAAACAAGGAUGCUGUUGA